GGAGCGGGAAGGGGGGGCAGAGUUAGACUGACCGGAGUCAGCACUGGCCGCUAUGGGGCCGUGGCCGCUGCUACUGCUCUGGGUUCGGGGGGUCUUGGGGGAGCUGGAGCUGGAUCCUCUGGGGAGGCACGUCUGCCAAGACGGAAGGUUUGUGGGGAGGAGCACGGGGGUCGGGGGCUGCUGGGAGGGAGGGUGCUGGCAGGAGGAGAGUGAGGCUUGUGUUGGGCCUGCUUCCGUCUGGGGCCCAUCGUGCGGGGAAGAGGAAGUGUGUGUGAAACCUGGACUCUGCCGAUGCAAACCUGGCUUCUUCGGGGCCCAGUGCAGCUCCCGCUGCCCGGGCCAGUACUGGGGCCCCGACUGCCGGGAGAACUGCCCCUGCCACCCCCACGGGCAGUGCGAUGCCGCCACCGGCCACUGCACCUGCAACAGUGACCGCUGGGGCACCAACUGCCAGUUCCCGUGUCCGUGCGGCCCCCACGGGCACUGCAACCCGCUGACCGGGGCCUGCCGCUGCGAGCCCGGCUGGUGGACGGCCACGUGCCGCAAGGCCUGCCAGUGCAGCUCCUCCUCUCUGGGCUGCGACCAGGGCACCGGGGCCUGCCGCUGCGAACCAGGCUGGUGGGGCCGGCGCUGCAGCUUCCGCUGCUCCUGCCAUCACUCCCCCUGCGAGCAGGGCACGGGCCGCUGCGUCUGCCGCACCGGCUGGUGGGGCUCCGAGUGCCAGCAGCGCUGCACCUGCCGGCACGGCCACUGCGACCCCGCCAGCGGGCACUGCGCCUGCCACCCCGGCUACCAGGGCGCCUUCUGCGAGCAGCCCUGCCCCGUGGGCCGCUACGGGGUCCAGUGCCAGAGCAGCUGUGGCCACUGCAGACACAACCAGCCCUGCUCUCCUGAUACGGGGGCCUGUCUGGCCUGCGAGCCCGGCUGGAAUGGAACCCAGUGCGAUCAGCCGUGCCCACCGGGCACCCACGGGGAGAAGUGUGGGCAGCUCUGCCCCCAGUGUCGGCAAGGCGAGGCUUGCCAGCCAGAGAGUGGGCACUGCCAACACUGUGACCCAGGCCUGACAGGGCCCAGGUGUGAAGAGCCCUGCGCUCCCGGCACCUUUGGGGAGGCCUGUGGGUCACUGUGCCCACCCUGUGUCGAGGGCACCUGCGAUGCUGUGACUGGAGAUUGUAUCUGCAGAUUGGGCUACUGGGGGCCCAGCUGCAAUGCCUCCUGCCCCCUCGGCUUCUACGGAGUCAACUGUUCUUCCCCCUGCCCGUGCCCAGAGGGGCCCUGCCACCCUGCCUCUGGGGCCUGUGAACUCGGGCUCCAGGGCCAGGGUGCCCUCCUGGCCGGCCUCCUGGUCCCGCUGCUGCUGCUGCUGCUGGCUGUCGUGGCCUGCGUCUCCUGCUGCUGCUGGGCGGCUCAGCCCGACCCCAAGGACAGGCCGGCCAGGGACGGGGCUGCUGUGUCUCGAGUCAAGCUGCAGGUCAGGGGGGCUCUGAGCAGCCUGGGCUCAGCGCUGCCCUGUGGCUCUCUCAGCAAUCACAAACUGCCCCGGGUCACAGUGUCCCACCACGAUGCCGAGAUCCCCUUCAAUCACAGCUUCAUUGAGCCCCCGUCUGCUGGCUGGGCCUCUGAUGACUCCUUCUCCUCCGACCCCGACUCUGGGGAAGAGGAUGAGGGGCCAGCUUACUGCGUACCCCCCCCACAAGAUGAGGAACUGCGAGAGGCCCGUGAGGCCGGAAAAGGUCUCUCUGCACCAGAUGAGCCUUCCACGCCUUUUGCCAUCCCUCGAACUUCCAGCCUGGCCCGAGCCAAGCGGCCAUCCGUCUCCUUUGCUGAAGGAACCAAGUUCGGGCCCCAGAACUCCCAGGACUCUGGGGAGCUGGCCAGCCCCUCGAGGAAGCCCAAGCGGCUAUCCCGGCCAGCCCAGGCCCAAGCUGAGGGGCAGGAGGCUGAGGGGCCUCCGGGUGCUCCGGAACCAGAGGACCCUCAGUCUGGUUCCCAAGAGCCUCCCAGCACUGCUGCUGCUCAGGGGGAUGCGUCUGCUGACCACCGGAGGCUUCCUCUCGGGGGCAGGACUGUGGCCCAGAGGGUAGAGGCCAUCGAGAGCGGUAACAGGGGGAGCGCAGGCCCCGUGACCACCAUCUACAUGUUAGCAGGGACUCCCAAGGGAGCCGAGGGGCCCGUGCGGGCGGUCCUGCGACGCUUUGGCAGUUUCCAGAAGGGCCGGGCGGAGGCCAAGACCAAGGGUGGCAUUCCCAAGCCUCCUCGCCGGGCCCUGAGCCGGGAUAAGGGCACCCUGGUCCCCUCUCCCACUCCCAGCCCUGACUCACCUCGGUGCCUGGAGCUGUGUGAGACGCCCGCACCCGGUGAAGGCAGCCAGGAGACCACCGAAGAGUUGGGGGAUGAUGGCGCCAAGAGCCCGGGGGGCACCACGCAAGCAGCCACAGGGGAUGCGCUUUCUGAGCUGGAGGAGGCUGAAAAGGAGGUUGAGGAGGAGCCCCAGUAUGAGAAUGUCAAACCUGGCUCUGGCACCUCGAAUUCCUGAGGUCUCCGUGGGAGAAUGGGGGGGUGGGGAGGGGAGGCUGGG